CGCCUCCAAUCUCCAUAUCUAGACGUGCAUUAUUUUCUCUCUCCUCCGUUAAAUCCUCCUCAUAUCUCUCUUAAAUCCUCAUCCCCUUUCUUUGCCUUUCGACUCUCUCCUAUAAAUGGCAUCUCUUCUCUCUGUACAACAUCUCAUCUUUUAGCUUCUCAACUUCUCAUGGAGCCUUCCAAAAGAUUGGCUGCUUCUCUCCUUUGUUGGGUCGUUAUAUUUGCAUCGUCAGCCCAAACUGGUGCACAUUCUUCUACACAAUGCCACUUUCCGGCCAUCUUCAACUUCGGAGACUCGAACUCAGACACCGGCGGUCUGUCGGCUGCAUUCGGGCAGGCCCCUCCUCCCAAUGGAGAGUCUUUCUUUCACCACCCUGCCGGUAGAUAUUCUGAUGGCCGUCUCGUCAUCGACUUCGCCGCCCAAAGCUUUGGCUUGCCAUACUUGAGUGCCUAUCUAGACUCAGUGGGCACAAACUUCAGCCAUGGAGCCAACUUUGCAACAGCUGGGUCUACAAUCAGGCCUCAAAACACGACCUUAACUCAAACUGGAUACAGCCCCAUUUCCUUGGAUGUACAAUUAUUUCAAUUCGAACAAUUCAAGUCUAGAUCGGGCUAUUUUCGCCAGCAAGGUGGGGUCUUUGAAGAGUUGUUGCCAAAGCAAAGUUACUUCUCGGAAGCAUUAUAUACAUUUGAUAUCGGCCAAAAUGAUCUUACUGCUGGACUUUUUCAAAACUUGACUGUUGAGCAAGUCAAGGCCAGUGUUCCUGAUAUUCUUGAAAAGUUCUCCACUGCCAUCAAGAAUGUUUAUUGGCAAGGUGGAAGAUAUUUUUGGAUUCAUAACACUGGUCCUGUUGGCUGCUUGGCAUAUGUAAUAGAUAGGCUGCCUAUACUAGUACCUCAGGUGGACAUGGCUGGUUGUGCGACCCCUUUCAACCAUCUGGCCCAAUACUUCAACCAAUUGUUGAAAGAAACUGUUAUUCAACUCCGCAGCGACCUCCCAGAUGCCACAUUUACUUAUGUCGAUGUUUACUCAGUCAAGUAUCAACUCAUUAGCGGAGCCCGUAAAUAUGGUUUUGGGAAUCCUUUGAGGGCAUGUUGUGGGCAUGGUGGCAAGUACAACUACAACAGGUAUUUUGGGUGUGGAAGUGCGAUAUAUAAGGACGGACAGAAAGUGGUGAUAGGCAAGUCAUGCAACAACCCUUCCAAAGCCAUAAUCUGGGAUGGUGUUCAUUACACACAGGCUGCGAAUCAAUGGGUUUUCAACAAAAUUGUUGAUGGCACAUUCUCUGAUCCUCCAACUCCAUUGUCACAGGCUUGUCAUGGACACAAGCAAUAAGAAUUUGCCUCUUUUCUCUUGGUUUUCUUCCUUAAACUUUUUUUUUUUUGGUGAACUUGAACAUUUAAUUUUACUGGUUUUCUUCCUUUAAUUUUAUUGAACAUUUAAUUUUAUCUUAGGAAUUUUGGGAGUGGGUAAUCACCCCACUCUUUUGUUU